GAGGGAGGGAGGGAGCGGGGAGGAGUUAGUGGAGUUUGAACACAUCGUGCUGCUGGAGAGCGCCGAGGAAUGUCGGCGGGACGGGCCGGCUGCGGCCGUGGGGCACAGGACACACAUUGCGGGCACUGCCCGAGCUCGGCAGCCCACGGGCGAGCCAGAAAUGUAGAUCGCAGCUGGUGCCUGUGAAGGACUCGUGCUCAUCUGAGCCUGCUCAGCGGCUCUGACUGCUACCAUGAUCUUCUGCAUUCUGCUGCUGGCCUCCCUGCCUGCGCCAUCCGGCUCCGAAGUCAACCCUGCUACAUGCCGUUACCCUUUGGGAAUGCAUGAAGGCACGAUACGGGAUGAAGACAUCACUGCUUCCAGCCAGUGGUAUGAUUCCACAGGACCCCAGUAUGCUCGGUUACAAAGGGAAGAGGGUGAUGGAGCCUGGUGCCCAGCUGGUUUGCUGCAACCAGAAGAUGUACAGUUCCUCCAAAUUGACCUGCAUAAGCUCUUUUUCAUCACGUUGAUUGGGACUCAGGGACGACAUGCCCGUGCCACAGGCAAAGAAUUUGCCCGUGCUUAUCGAAUUGACUACAGCCGUAAUGGGGAGCGCUGGAUCUCCUGGAAGGAUCGUCAGGGCAGGAAGGUAAUACAAGGCAACAUUGAUACGUAUGAUGUGGUCUUGAAAGAUCUCCGGCCUCCCAUCAUUGCUCGCUUUGUCCGGGUCAUUCCUGUGACAGAGCUGCCCAUGACUGUCUGCAUGAGGGUGGAGCUCUAUGGCUGUGUCUGGUACGAUGGCUUGGCAUCCUAUAGCAUCCCCGAAGGAGGGACAAUAGCGGCUCCUGGCUUUCCCAUCGUUUAUCUGAAUGACUCGACCUAUGAUGGCUACCAGGAGCGCAGGCACUUGUAUGGUGGUCUGGGCCAGCUGACGGAUGGUGUGCUGGGGCUGGAUGACUUCACACAGAGCCACCAGUACCGCGUGUGGCCGGGCUAUGACUACGUGGGCUGGAAGAACGAGAGCUUCAGCACAGGCUUUGUUGAAAUGGAAUUUCAGUUUGACCGACCGCGGAACUUCACCUCCAUGAAGGUGCAUUGCAACAACAUGUUUUCCAAGGGGGUGAAGAUCUUCCAGAAGGUGGAGUGUCUGUUCAAACCACGCCUGAUUGCAGACUGGGAGCCUGAACCUGUUGGUGUGGCGACGGUCUUGGAUGACAAAAAUCCCAGUGCGAGGUUUGUGACCGUCCCCCUCAAUCAGCACGUGGGUAAAGCCAUGCUGUGCCGCUUCUACUUCGCUGACACCUGGAUGAUGAUCAGUGAGAUCUCCUUUCAGUCAGACAUGGAGAGUGUAAAUCCUAUUUUGGUUACGGCACCCACAAGCACUACAGAUGCCCUGGAAAUGGUGUACAACGUUACUGAGGGGACCUGGGAAACCACAUCUUCUGUAACGAGCACCUGGAUAGGAGAGAAGGCAGAUGACUCCAACACCUCCAUCCUCGUGGGCUGCCUUGUGGCUAUUAUUCUUCUCCUCCUGUUGAUUAUAAUCAUUAUUCUUUGGAAGCAAUAUGUUCAAAAAAGGCUGGAAAAGGCCCCACGCCGAAUCCUGGAGGAGGAUGCCACGGUUCGCCUCUCCUUCUACAGCUACACCAUCGCCAACAACCAGACCCAGAUCCACCAGUCAAAUCCCACCUAUGAACGUGCUUUUCCACUGGAUCUGGAAUAUCACCAGCCAACUACGCUGCUCCACAAGCUUCCAGAGCUAUCCCAGAGUGCAGAGGAUUCGGUGUGCAGUGGGGACUACGCUGAGCCUGACUUGACCAAGUCCACCCCUCACCAAGGCUUUCAGAACAACGUUCCUCACUAUGCUGAAACAGAUAUCGUCCACCUCCAAGGCGUGACGGGCAACAACAUGUAUGCGGUCCCAGCCCUCACUGUGGAUUCCCUUACCAAGAAGGACAUCUCUGUAGGUGAAUUCCCACGGCAGCAGCUGCGACUCAAGGAGAAGCUGGGAGAAGGACAGUUUGGAGAGGUGCACCUUUGUGAAGCUGAUGGCCUGCUGGAGUUCCUGGGGGUCCCUUCCACAGAAUUCACUCACCAGCCAGUUCUUGUAGCAGUGAAGAUGCUGAGAUCAGAUGUCAACAAAACAGCCAGAAAUGAUUUCCUGAAAGAGAUCAAGAUUAUGUCGCGGCUGAAGAACCCAAAUAUCAUCCGGCUCCUGGGGGUGUGUGUGCACGAUGACCCGCUGUGCAUGAUUACAGAAUACAUGGAGAACGGAGACCUCAAUCAGUUCCUGUCACAGAGGGAGAUCUACAGCAAAUUUGCAAUUUCAAACAACAUUCCCUGUGUCAGCUACUCUAACCUGCUCUACAUGGCCACCCAGAUUGCCUCUGGGAUGAAGUAUUUAGCAUCGCUGAACUUUGUGCACAGAGAUCUGGCAACUCGGAAUUGCCUGGUGGGCAACAACUACACCAUCAAGAUUGCAGACUUCGGCAUGAGCAGGAAUCUGUACAGCGGGGAUUACUACCGCAUCCAGGGCCGGGCAGUGCUGCCCAUCCGCUGGAUGGCCUGGGAAAGCAUCCUCCUGGGCAAGUUCACCACAGCCAGCGAUGUCUGGGCCUUUGGGGUCACCCUCUGGGAGAUGUUCAUACUGUGCAAGGAGCAGCCUUACAGCCUCCUCUCAGAUGAGCAAGUCAUUGAGAACACAGGGGAGUUCUUCCGGAGCCAGGGCAGGCAGCUGUCACGAUGCUUAGAAAGCCUCAUGGGUUGCCUACGAUCUAUCUGUCCCAGACUCCUCUGUGUCCUAACCCUGUGUUUGACCUGAUGCUGAAAUGUUGGAGCAGGGACAUAAAAGAUCGUCCCACUUUUGACAUGAUUUACCACUUCCUGCUGGAACAAAUGGAAUCAAACAUUUGACUGCAGUAAAAGAGAGACAGACUGUUGGGAACAGUGACUGCGUGUCCCUAUGGGGGCAGUCGGGGCACCUCGCUCUGCUCCCUUGACUGUGCUGUACUUCAAUGGAGACGUCCAUGGCAGCUGCUGGUUCUAUUGGCCAUGGGCUGACACGCGCAGGACCAGAGGAUCUCGUUUGGUUGAAAAAUCAUCUCCUCUUCUGAAUCAUUACCUGGGAAUACUGUGAGGGGUUCAAUCGACACCCGUCCGCCUUAGGGAAUAAACGAUGGAGACGUGGAGCUCUCCUGGUUGGAAUGGAAGCUGCUGGAGAGCCGCGAUCCAAGGACAGAUUGGAGAAGUAAAGACUUGAGUCUUCUCAUACAAUUCCAUUCAAUCAGAUGGAAGUCUCGUGCACGUUAGCGAGUGUUUCUUUGGCUCUUGCUGCAGACAAUGUGUGUAGUGAGAAACUGUGGCUGGCAGAGCUAGGAAACGUUUAGGGACCCGAGGACUGACAGAGCUGGAUUAGCAACCCUUUGGGCCUGCAGAGGAUGCUGAUGGAGCAGUCCAGGAGCUUGGUCUUUUUCCUGUGGUUGUUAAGCACUGCUUUUGUUACAGAUGUGCCUUGUUGGUUUUGGUGUUUUUUUUCCCCACACUGGAUUUUUUUUUUCUAGAAAAAACUUAAAGAAAUGAAUGUUAAAGGUCGUGGGAAGGUCUCUGCGAUCUCCUGACCUGCAGAUUACGGUUAGGGUAGGGAGUUCGUAUUGAAAAGUAGCUGAUACUGUACUACUGUCACUAUGUAGAUUCAUUAGCCUAAUGAACUUGUAGCCACAAUGGACUGAUGUGCAAUUAAUCCUGUAUAAGUACCCAUUAAUAUGAGAUCUCUAAGUCGACGCUGUUACACGUGCAGAGGGAACUUAGAUGUGGUGAAACCCAAUGGCUGAGAGCAGAACCCGCUGCGUCACAGCUCAAGGGGGAGGAACCAUGGGGUCAGUGCCGGCAGCAGGAAGGUGCCCUGCAGCCCAUGGGAUGGAGCUCUGUCAUGCUUAGGCUGAGCUCCCUUUGCUUUGGCUGCUCCCUGCGCAGCACACAGCAGCUUCUCAUCAAACCGGGGUUGGUUUUCAGCUGUUUCUCCCUCUGCAGUUGUUUAGCCAGAUCUUAAGGACCAAUUGGAGUGUUUUGUAAACUGGGAGAAGGUGGAAGUUCAGCACUUUGUAAAGCAGCAUCCAACCUCUAUUUCCAGUAAAGGCUGUGAGGGUAAUUCCCACCUUGGCCAGAUUUGGUGUGUGCUGCAGCACCCUCAGUGCUGGCAGUGCUGCAGGGGGAUGACAGAGCAGCUCUGCUAAGAGGAUGGCUGCAGCUGCUGGACUGAAAGGGAAACCACUGGGAGCUGCCAUUGCUGUGCUGUGCUGCUGGCAGGGCACACGUUGUGCUUAUCCUGCAGUGUUCCCAUCCCAAAUAUGCACAGCUGUGUCUGUGGUUCUGAGGUUCUGGAAUGCUGUUCCACCACCUGGGCUGUGUCCUUCUGUAACAUCGGUUCCUCCGCUGACGCACUGACAUACGGAGUUUCUCUCGUAUCAAUAAAUCCUAAUGAUAACCUUGA